UUGCCAUCUCUAAUUUUUAGUUUGCGAUUAAACUUGGCGGUGUGGCGACACAUUUUUGAUACAAAUUUUUUAUUUCAUGUAUUUUCUUUAAAUUAAAUGAAAAAUGGGACGCGGAGAACAAUUAUCCGAGUAUGAAAGAGGCCAAAUCGAAGUCUAUCGUGAAAGUGGUCUUAGCCAUCACAAAAUCGCUCAAAAAAUUGGACGAAGCCAAAAUGUAGUGAGUAACUUUUUGGGAAACAAAGCAGAAUAUGGCAAAAACAUGAAAGGCGGAGUCAAACACGCCACCUCUGCGGCAGUCAGGAGGCAUAUUGUGCUAGUUGCGUCCAAUUCACAUCUCUCAGCACCCAAAAUUAAAGAAAUUUGCGGUGUUACAGCCAGUGUGUCUAAAAAUUAAAAAAAAAAACACCGUUAAAUGAUGCACGUAAAGCUUUACGACUGCUCUUUGCACGCAAGCACAUGAGCUGGACGAGCGAAUGGCAGAAGGUAGUUUUUUUCGACAAAAAAAAAUUUAAUUUAGACGGUCCUGAUGGAUACAACUAUUAUUAUCACGAUCUUCAAAAGGAGGAGUAUUUCCUGAGCCGUCGCCAUAGCUGUGAGGGAGGCAUAAUGGUGUGGGGGCCGGUAUCAGUCUUUGGCACUUGCGACCUUCAAUUUGUUACUUUCAAAAUCAACGCGGAAACCUACAAAUCCAUCAUACAGACUGCGUUUCCUCAUUAUUCCAAUAUUUUUCACAUUUUCAAAUGGACUUACCAGCACGAUAACGCCCCUAUUCAUACAACUAGGGUGGUAAAAGAGUGGAGUAAGGCUCAAAAUGUGGACUUGCUCGAAUGGCCCCCAUAUUCACCUGACCUUAAUAUAAUGGAAAACGUAUGGGGGUUGCUAUCGCGCAAGGUAUGUGAAGAAGGCAGGCAGUUUUAUUGCAAAAUAACUUAAGUUGCGGCAAUUAAAACGGCCUGGACAACAAUUUUGCUGCAAAUACUACAAAAUUUUUAUAGCUCGCUUCCCGAUCGUUUAUAUGAAGUUAUAUCAAACAAGUAAGGAAGAGCUAAGUUCGGGUGUCACCGAACAUUUUAUACUCUCGCAUGAUGAAGUGAUAAUCGAGA